AUGUUUUACGGAGGUAAUAACGCUCCCUCAUUUAAGUUAGAUAAUACUUAAAUUCGUAAUGAAACAUAGUACCUGAUUGAGAAAGGUAGAAGAUCUUUCAAUGAAGGUGAUACAAUUGAAGAAAAGGAUAAGGGUAUUUCAACCUUUUUACAAGGUUUAAAGAAGUUAGAACUAUGGAUAUAAAGAGAAACUGAUACUUUAAUUCUAAAUACUUUAAAAACCUAAUACCAAAAUAACUAUAAAGAAGUAGAAACUAUGCUUACAAAAUUAGAAUAAAUUAAAAAAAAUGGAAACUAGCCUAUGGCAAUAGCAUAAGGCGGCGGCGGUGGUAACAACAAUAGUAACAAAGAUGAAAACACUAAAUUUAAGGAAGCUUUGUAAGAAACAAUUGUGCCCGAAAAACCUAACAUAAAAUGGGAUGAUAUUGCUGGUUUAGUGAAGGCUAAGGAAUCCUUAAAAGAAGCAGUCAUUCUUCCAAUUAGAUUCCCUGAAAUAUUUAAAGGUGCUCGUAAGCCAUGGAAAGGUAUCCUUCUUUAUGGACCUCCAGGUACUGGUAAAACUUAUUUAGCUAAAGCUUGUGCUACAGAAACUGAAGGUACUUUCUUUUCAGUAUCCUCUGCAGAUCUUGUCAGCAAAUAUGUUGGUGAAUCAGAAAAAUUAAUUAAGAACUUAUUUGCUUUAGCUAGAGAGAAAAAGCCUUCUAUUAUAUUUAUUGAUGAAGUAGACAGUUUAUGUGGUAAUAGAAGUGACGGAGAAAAUGAUGCUUCAAGAAGAGUAAAAACAGAGUUUUUGGUUUAGAUGCAAGGUGUUGGUAAUGAUGAUUAAGGUGUUUUGGUACUUGGAGCAACCAAUUUACCAUGGGCUCUCGAUCCUGCUAUUAGAAGAAGAUUUGAAAAAAGAAUCUACAUCCCCUUGCCUGACUAACCCGCCAGAAAAUUCUUGCUCAAACAUAACCUUAAAAAUACUCCAAACACUCUUAAAGAAGAAGAUUUUGAAAGAUUAUCCUAAUUAACAGACGGAUUCUCAGGAGCUGAUAUGUCUAUAUUUGUAAGAGAUGCAGUACUAGAACCAGUUAGAAGAUUAUAGAUUGCAACUAAAUUCAAAAAGUUACCAGGAGACAAAUACAUGCCUGUAGAAGAUAAUGCUUCAGGUCCUGAUAUUGUUAACCUUAACUAUUUAAGCUUAAAUCAGUAAUAGCUUGAGCUUCCAUAAAUAUCUGCACAAGAUUUUGAAAUCGCCAUUAAAAAAGCCAAAGGUACUGUUGGAAAAGAUUAGCUCAAAGAUUAUGAAAAGUGGACUACUGAAUUUGGUCAAGAUGGUUGA